ACUCAUCGCAGCGCAGUAGUGAAAUGAUAACGCUACGAUUGUCAUUUUACUUGUGAUUCCUUUUCUUUUCGUUAUUCUUAUGGGCAAGAAUGAUCAAAAUAAGUGGGAACACUGUGAUACCCUUUGUCACGUGGGCACAUACUCCACCUGAUCAUCAAAUAUCUUCGAUUUUAUUGUCUGAAGAUGGGGAAAGUGUCGCCACUGGAUCAGCAGAUGGGCAUAUUAUUCUAUGGAGCCUAGGAAAUUCCUGCUCAUGUGCCCCAAGGUGGAUGCUAACUGGACACAAGUCCUUGGUUUCCAAUCUGUGCAUUGCAGGAACGUCACCCAUGACCAAAAAUCAGUUUUUCUUUAGCUAUUCUAUCAAUGGCGAAAUGGCUGUUUGGAAUUGGAAUGACGGCAAAUGCUUAGAAUUCAAAAUGGACACACGUUAUCGCCAUACAUAUAUCAAAUCACAUCAAACAUGUUACCUUGAUUAUCGUCUACUAUUUUGUUGUGGUCAAUAUGCACAUAUUGUUGUAUUACAUGCUACUUCACUGGCUGUUCUAUUCACUUUGGCUUCAAAUUCACAACCAGAUUGGAUAUCUUCAUUUGUUGUUGUUACACAUCCAAAUCAACGAAACGAAAUUGUUUUAGGUCUUUCAUACUCCAAUCUAGCUAUAUUAUGGACGCUGGACGGUGAAGAAACACAAGGUGAAGCAAAAUAUGAACACGAAUCACGAUCUAUCAAUUCUCCAUCUACCAUAAUACAAGUUGAUUGUUGUCCACAAACACCACGAUGUAUAUUAUUAGUUUGUUCCAAUGGAUGGCAACUUUUCGAUGCAAUGACUUGUUCCAUUAAUUGUACAGUAUCAAAUCCAACAAAUGAUGUAUUAGUUGGUGGGAGUUUCAUUCAAUCUAAUGUGAUAAGUGUCUAUGGCCAGUCGGGAUUUAUUUAUUUGUAUAGCUUGCCAAAAAGCCUUAUUAUCUAUUCAAGAGAUUGUAUUUGCACAGAUGUUCCGGUGCAUAUAGCCACUUUCUCUCCUUGUGAUGUUAACAACAGUGGCAAUAUUACAACAAAAAUAGACAAAGGUGUAGUUGAUCAUCAUCAUGUAAAUUCAAUAAAUACUACUAUGACUGUACAAAAGUUUGGUUGUUUCACUUCAGCAUUUAUUCAUCCCAAUGAUAAUAAUCAAUAUUUAUUAGCCGGUACUACUCAUGGACAAUUAUUAGCUUGGUGUAUAAAACUAGAUUCAUUCGUAUUGAAUAUUGUCGAUCAACGAAAGAAACAAAUGUCAUUAAAUGAUUCAAUAGCGAAAAAUAUCCCUAUUACACCUCCAAUUAUGUGUAGUGAUCUACAUACUGUAUGGAAAAAACAAGCAUUACCUAAUGUAGCUAUGUUUUUGACAAGUUCUAUUACAGACUCAAAAUAUCAUUCAAAUAUAAUUAGUCCCAAUCAUUCAUUAUUAGAUGAUUCAUUGACAGCUUCCACGAUGACCAAUCAAAUAUUGUGUAGUGGUAAUAAUAAUAACGGUAACGGUAAUCUAAGUGUAACUGUUUGUAUACAACUUAAUCAAAUGAUCACAUAUCAACAACGUGUUCAAGGUUCACCCCCUACAAUUCAUCCAUAUCGUUUAGCUUUUGGUUUAUCUAAUGGACGUAUUAUAAUUGUUCGUAUGGUUGAUUUUUUAAAGACAAUUUAUUGGCACUAUGAUCAUCAUGAUGACAGUUCAGAUGAUCAAUUUUCAAUGCAACAUCAUAAUCAAUUGCCCAAAUUUUGUUUAAAUGGUCAUAUUGGUCCUGUGACAAGUUUAUUACAUCCAGCUAGUUGUGAAAGACAAUUAUAUCCAUCAAAUCAUCACAAUAACAAUGGAGAUGCUAUAACUACUACUAAUAAUAGUAUCAAUAGCACAAUUACAGGUUAUCAAUUCAGUCCAGAUUUUCUAUUGUCUGGUGGAAUGGAUUUCACUGUUCGUUUAUGGGAUUUAAAUUCAUGUUAUGAAUCUACUGAUAACAAUAUUGGUAGUAAUAGUAGUAGUAAAAAAUAUGUUGGCAAUAAUUAUAGUAACUCAUUAUGUCUAGCUGUAUAUCGGUGUCAUGCAUCACCUUGUAUUGGCCUAACAAUUGGUCCUCCUAUUUCAUCUGUAGUCAACAUGGUUGCUGGGAAUCCGAGACUUUCGACAACUAUUUGUUCAUUCGGUGCAGAUGGUUCAGUCUGGUUAAUUAAUUUAAAAGAAAAACGUCCCUUCCUUUACGCACGUAAUACAAGUAAUUUAUCUUCAUGUCCAGUUGUUGCUAUUGGUUGGAGACUAGCUGAAGAUCUUUUAUUUAUUAAUUAUUUAGAUGGUACAGUAACAGUAUGGGAUAUAACUAUGGGUUGUUUAGAACGUAUUGAAACAGAACAAUCAGCUAGAGAUCUUUUUGAACAAGCUCAAUUCAUUACUGAAGUUUAUCAUCCAUCAACAUUUUUAAGUUUUACAUUUUCCACUUUACCAUCAAUAACCAUGUCAUCAUAUAAGUCUAGAUCAUUAGCUGGCGUACCAAAUCAAUAUUCAAUUUAUACAUCAUUAGCUAUACCAUUUUGUGGUGGUGUCAAUUCAACAUGUUCCUGUGGUACAAUUCAUCUUACUGCACCUAGUCGAUUAAAGUAUUCAACAGUUGAUGAUUUACAAAAAUUAUGUACUAACAAUUUACCACCUGUACAAUUACAUUUAAUUGGAUCGACAACAGUAACAAAUAGUCAGGAUAAACUUGGUAUGAAUAAUAAAAAUCAAUUGAGAUGGAAUUCCGGUCCAGCUGCAUUUGUUUUUCAUUGGGAUAUUGAAUCACUUAUUGUUGAUAUUUUAUCACAAAAUUAUGGAGUUUCAAAUGAUAUUAAUGAAAUGAUUAACUAUAAUAGUUCAGCGAUAACAACAGAAACAACACCAACUUCGUCAACAUUACUCUAUCGUGAUGAUAUAUUUACAAUGGAUGUUACACAGGCAACUUUUCUACAAAUUAUCAUUUCGUUAAUUCAUCCAUGGGGUAUAGAUUUGUCAGUGGAUGAAAUUAUUGAAAAAUUAUGUCAUAACCAUCAAUCCAUAGAUAAGAAUAAAUUGAAAACCAUGUUGAAUAAUAGUCUACAACAAUUACGUACACAUGAAUCACCAAUAUGCAUUGGUCUAAUAUCCAAAUGUGGUUGUAUGAGUUUAAGUAUGCCUGGUUAUUGUACAAAAUCAACUACUGUAUCAAAAUCUGGAUCUAUUCAACAAAUACCACAUCCAUAUUGUCUUUCUUCAAUUAUUUCAACAAAUUUAAUUCUAUCAGGAGUUAGUUUAACUGAAUUAAUGACAUCGUUAGAUUGGAAUUAUCUUCUACGUUUAUCACAUGCAAUCUAUGGUGAUAAUGGGACAGAACUAUCAUUAUCAUCGUCAUCAUCAAAAUGUUUAUCUGAUGGUAAUGUAAAUAUAUCAAUUUUGAGUAAUUGGCGCGCAAUUUGGUUACAGUUUGGUGCAUUUCUAUCGGAACAAUUUAUUGGUUUGAUUUUGUCUAAAAAUAAUAGUUCAAUUAAUAAUAGAAAAUUACAACCUAUCCCGUCACCAAUUGAAUUGAAUUUAUUUGCACGUAAAUGGCAAGAUCGUUGUUUACCAAUUCGUUAUGCUGCUCGAACAUUAUUACUUUCAUGCUUAGAUCAAUUGUCAUUGGAUGAUCGAAAAUUGUUAGUCACUUAUUGGUCGGCUUUGCUUCCACCGUUCGCUCUUACUAAUCAAAGACAACAAUCGCAACGUCAAAUAAUUCAUCAACAAAAUUCACUGGAUUCCGCGAAUCGUGUUAGUUAUCAGCUUAUAGAUAUUUUAGCUAAUAAUAAUCAUACAGAAGGAAAAAUUGUACGUAAGCAAAGUUUGCCAUCAAUGAAUGGUUUAGACAAAAAUAACAUAUCCAAUGAGUUAAAGAAUUUAUCUAAUAAAGAUGCAUUUGUACAGUUGAAUAGUACUACUAUGAUUUCUACUACUACAAAUGAUAUUGUUGAUGAUGAAGUCAGUCAACAAUUAACAUCAGAUAAACAACAAGGUACACCAACUAAACAACAAUUCUCAACAGAUUCAUUACCAAAUCUAACUGAAUCUGUCAGUUUGUCUAGUCUAACAUCAAAUCUUAAUAUGUCUAUGGUAUUGGAUAGUUCAUGGUGGAUGACAUUAAACGGUUAUCGCAUAUCACCUAGAGAACAUGCACGUCUUCAGAGAGAUAUACAGAGGUGUCAGGCUAUCGCUAUUAUACUAAUGGGUAUAAUUGGUGUACGUUUUGGUUCAUCCACUAAACGACGUCAUCCAGCUGUUGUUGUACGUGACUUGAUCACUCAACCAUUAGUUAUGACUAAGAAUCGAACAUACGAGGUAAUGAAUUAUUGUAAUUGCGGUUUGGCAUCGCCAUGUUUCGUUGCACCUGAUAAUGAUGAUGACGAUGAUAAAGAAAAGUCAGAAAUGACAAAAAUAGUGGUAAUGCAAGUUCCGUUAAAUCGAUCAGAGGGAGUUCCAUUAUCUGUGCAAAAAUUCUCACAAUACACAAGUAAUCAAUCAUCUGAGAUACAAGAUGGUUUCGGAUUGGAUAAUCAUUAUCUUGCUAGAUCCACUUAUCAGUGUUUAUCAGCUUUAUUGUUUAAUGGAGGCUAUCCAGUUUUAUUGCCUACUGACACUUAUAAUCCUGAAAUUGAUUGGAACAAAUUCCAUGAGCAAAUUGUUGGCAGUCACUCCGAAGUAUUACCUGUAUAUGCAGCCAAUGCCUUGAUUACAUUGUUAACAUCUAAUAUGAAUAGUACGUUGAGACGAGCUGCAAUUGAUUUAUUAGGUCGUGGUUUUCCUGUCUGGGAACCGUUUGUUGAUGUUGGGCAUGUGAUCAAUGUUUUACUCUUGUUAGCUGCUGAUGCUGAAAUGUUGUUAUCAAGUAAUAAAUCCUGUCAACUUAUCUCAGAUCGUGUUGAUUUAGCACGUACAGCACGUGAAGCUUUAUGGGCUAUUGGGUUUGCACGACCGAAAUUGAUUACUUUGGUAUUAUCACUUGAAGUUCGACGAUUUGGCACUCAGAUUAAUGCAGCCGCUUCAGCAUUGACAUCUAACUCUGGUCGACCAUCAAUUUCAACAUCAUCUCCGUUGAAUUCUAACCAUAUUCAAUCAUCAUGGAGUUUAACAAAAUCACUUUCAAAAGAUUCUGAUAAUCAUCUAGUCACUGUGUCACGUCGUGAUUCAAUAACUGUUGGAAAUGAAUUUCAGUCUUCAACUACUUCAUCGAACAUGGUAGUUAUGAUGACUAAUCCAAUUGUAGCUACACCUGUCUUCAGCUCUAAUGCUGGUGUUAGUGGUAGUAAUACUGGAACAAAUUCUAAUCGAUCUGCUACCACUGCAUAUGGAGGUACAGAAUCUUCGGUGCUGCAUAAUCAACAAUAUCCACCAAUGUUUAAAGCUCGUGAAGAAGUAUUACGUUUAUUUGAACAACUUUGUAUUAGACGACCAAAUGAUAUUAAAGAUGUAUUACCGGAAGUUGUUGAAGUGAUCUUAGCUUGUUCUGAUCGUACGCGUUUAAAAGAACGCGGACUAGAUUAUAUAUUUCCUGCGCUAACACCUUUCCACGCAUAUUCAAGUCAUACACGUUUACAGAAAGCGUGUACAGGUGGUGUUAAUGGUUCUUUAACAUUUUAUGAUUUUAAAAUUGGACGAUACUUUGUAACAAUGGGGCAUAAAGGUCCUGUCACUGCUAUUUGUUUUAAUUCUGAUGGCCGACAAGUAGCAACUUAUUCAUUGACUGAAAGUACACUACGUAUAUGGCAGCUACAUACAACUGGAUUUUUUGGUAUGGGUGGACAACAAGUUAAACCAUUAUCUAUUCAUCCUGUCCCACCAUUGAUUCCUCCUCCGUCUUCUACACCAAAAUUAUCUUCUACUUCAGCAUUAUCGCAUAAUGAAUUUGUUAAUAAUAAUGACAUGAAUAAAAAUCAACAUCCACUUCCAGAUCGUUUAGAAGUAUGGAUUGAUUGGCCAGAAUCUCGUGUUUUGCAUUUGGUUACAAAUAUUGGUAUUAGACGACGUGUUGCAUUAUGAAUUUUUCUAAUUAUAAGAAAUGAACAAGUAUUUGUUUAUUUAUCUGUUCAUCUAUUUCAUUUAUUUGUUCAUGCUUCUUCUUUCAUUUCUGGC